AUGAGACGGUUCUGCGCUGACCAAGCAUCUAGAUACCCGUCCCUGCUGGAGUCGUCCGAUAUUGACGGCGGCUCGUCUGUCGCCGUCUUGACCUAUCUCCGCCGCAUCCUUGAGUCCCUCGACCAUCCCGACAUGAUAAACCUAAUCCUCCACUAUCUACUCGGCUUGCCGGAACACGUUUCCUCAGACAUGACUGGCUCGCGUGCUUCCAUCAGUGCAGCCCGCAAGCGCAAGUCAAUGGAUCUUGCAACGAUGUUGGCCCAGACCAAGUCCGACAUCACCGCAACCCCUCUUCUCUUCAACUUGGUUGAUCUUGUCCAAGCCUGCCUGCGUUCUCACAACCAGCAGACCAUUCGCGUGACGCUUCAGCUGGUCUCAGCCAUUCUUAGAAGGCACCAUCGUUAUGCUGUCAGCACGCUGCUGCGCACCGAAGCCGUCCUAGGGGACAAGAUGCACAGGACAGUUGGUGCUCACGACCAAGAGGUGGAUUACCUCAUGAGUUUGGCAGGGUCCAUCGGUGGGCAGGACAACUUUGACGAGAUCUAUGAUAACAUCCUGAAAGACACCAUGUCCCGGCUCGAGAGCCACCCCUGCUCGUUGAAGCUCGUGGCGCCCAAGACAUCCACCAACAACCAUGACCUACCCGCAGUUCCUGAUACACUCCCUGGGGCGCCACGCGACGUGCACGAGCACACGCUCCGCCCGGAUGACCCGCUGCUCAACUCGGUGUUGGAUCUUCUCGAGACGUUCUUUAUCAACCCGGUCGACACAAACCUCUCACUUACCGAGGCCAUAUUGGACCUGGCCAUCUGCGGGUACAUGACGCCAGAGGGUUGGAUGAUGCGCAACCCACACAAAUACACUUACGAGGAGCAGCCGCCGAGUCCGAUCUCACCCGACGCCUCGACCACGUCGUUCAGGCCCCGAACGGAUCCUGAUUCCACGACAUCGGCCGAACAGCAGACCCUGGAGUCUCUCGAUGCUUGUCGUCGACGUCCCAUCUGGUCACAGUCAUCGCUGCCUCGUCUACUCGUCGUUCUUCAGCAGCUGUGCAACCAGGUAGCUAAGUAUCGUGAGACGAUUCCCCGCUUCGAAGACUUGCUGCAAGGGCGAAGGGAGGCGUUCCAAACGGCAGAUAACCCGCGGCCACCGCCGCCCCCCUUGCCACCACGUAAGCUCACACCGCAAAAACACACUUCAACGCACACCCCGGAACGCUCUAGUCUAGACGAAGCAAACCGCAGUGGGUCUCCGGCGCGUCCAUCAGGUCUGGAACGAUUUGCCCAGCGCUUGGUAUCGGAGCUGAGCACACCCAGUCGAACAGGAAGCCCAAGGGGAAGAAAGAACAGCAGAGGGUCGAGCACAGCAAGCCCUGCCCAGAGCGGCAUGACGGGCGGAUACGGCCUUUCUACGCCGACAUCUCGGCCUGUCCCCCCACCAAAGGACACACCUGGUAGCUAUGACAAUUCUGGCCGAAGCACAACGGAUGAAAUGGCUUCUUCGCACACGCCCAGAGACCCAGUGGCCAGCCAGGCCGCGGCGUUUGCAGCUAUAGAUCAGAGCAUUCUCGCGCGCAAGGUCGGAAUGCCAGAAAAGGUUGAGGCUAUCCCGCUGGAUCUCGGGAAAAAGAAGCCGACGUUGCACAUGCCGCCGCCGAAAGAUGACGAGGGGUCUCCAGAAGACCAACAAGAUGUGGAACAAGACGCAGAGCAGCAGACGGACGGCGCCGAGGCGGAACCAACUGGUGACGAUACCGUCGAGGCCAAUACCCCCAAGAGAGAUAAGGAGAAUGAGAAGGAGAAACGCAAAGCGUCGGUGUCUCAUGUCAUCACGAACGUCAUUGUGCUCCAGUCGUUCUUGUUUGAGCUCGCGGCCCUGAUCCAGGCGCGCGCGGCGCUUUUUAACGAGGUUCGCUAUGCGUGA